AUGGUUACCUGGAGCCACGAAGCCGACAAGCGUCUGCUUGUCGAGAUUUACAGCGCUGGGCCCAGCUCUAUUGACUGGGAGGAUGUAGCUCGCCGUUUCGGUGAUGGAUGUACUGUCCAGGCAAUUCGGCAGCAUAUAAGGGUGCUAAAGAGACAGAUAGAGGCUUCGUCUAAAGAAACCUCAGUCGCCGGCUCUGGUGUCUCCAAGGCCAAGCGUGCUGGCACUGGCCACAAACCCCUCAAAGGCGACAAGGAGCAAGUCGAUAGCGAUAUUGAAGAUAGCACUGCCCAGUCCGAUGAGAACUAG